GCUCGCUCGCUCGCUCGCGCUCACACACUCAUUCACGCACUCACUUCACUCCAACUCGCAAUUAAUUCCAAAGGUUUGGAUCUAUUAGCAUCAUUUCAAAAAAUGAGAAGCCGAGCUGGACACAGGCACCAGCUGAAGAAAUCAGGUGUUAAGGCCAUGUUUGGCAGGCUCUCGAUUGCUGUAAUUGUACUGGUGAUCUGUGUAAUCUCGUUAUUAUCCACUAUAAAGAGUACCUCUAGAUCUUUCUCUCAAUCGGAGAUAAAAGUGGAUAAUCUUUGGAACACUGCAUCUUCUGGUGAAUGGAGGCCAUCAUCUGCUCCACGGACUGCUUGGCCUCCUCCUUCGAAGGGAACCAAUGGGUACUUGCGUGUUCGUUGUAAUGGUGGCCUCAAUCAGCAACGCAGUGCAAUCUGUAACGCUGUUCUUGCUGCACGAAUUAUGAAUGCUACACUUUUGCUGCCCGAGUUGGAUGCCAAUUCCUUCUGGCGUGAUGACAGUGGUUUCCGUGGAAUCUACGAUGUUGAGCAUUUUAUAAAAUCAUUGAGGUACGAUGUAAAAAUUGUGGAAAGAAUUCCUGAAAUCCAUAAGAAUGGGAAGAUCAAGAAGAUAAAAGCUUUUCAGAUUCGGCCUCCUAGAGAUGCUCCCAUCAGUUGGUACACAACAUUUGCUUUAGAGAAGAUGAAAGAGCAUGGUGCCAUUUAUCUUACCCCUUUUUCACAUCGCCUGGCUGAAGAAAUUGACAAUCCUGAGUAUCAGCGGCUAAGAUGCAGAGUGAACUAUCACGCCUUAAGAUUUAAACCACAUAUUAUAGAGCUUAGUAACUCAAUAGUCAAUAGACUUCGUGCUCAAGGUCACUUCAUGGCUAUACAUCUUCGUUUUGAGAUGGAUAUGCUUGCAUUUGCUGGGUGCUUUGAUAUAUUUACCCGUGAAGAACAGAAAAUUUUGAAGAAAUAUCGAGAGGAAAAUUUUGCUGCAAAGAAACUUGUUUAUAGUGAAAGAAGGGCUAUUGGAAAAUGCCCACUAACUCCAGAAGAGGUAGGUCUCAUCUUACGAUCAAUGGGGUUUGAUAAUUCUACCAGGAUAUAUCUAGCAGCUGGUGAGCUAUUUGGAGUUGAUCGAUUUAUGAAACCUUUUCGCUCCUUGUUUCCUCGGCUUGAGAAUCAUAGUACAGUAGACACCACUGGCGAGCUGGCGAAGAAUACACAUGGCUUGUUGGGCUCUGCCGUGGAUUACAUGGUUUGUCUCCUCGCGGACAUUUUCAUGCCCACAUAUGAUGGGCCAAGCAACUUUGCGAAUAAUCUCCUUGGCCACCGCCUCUAUUAUGGUUUCCGUACAACCAUUCGGCCUGAUAGAAAAGCUCUUGCCCCUAUCUUUAUUGAUCGCGAGAAGGGGCAGACCACAGAUUUUGAAGAAGCUGUUAGACAAGUGAUGCUAAGCACAAGUUUUGGUGGGCCUCACAAGCGUUUGCCACCUGAAUCAUUCUAUACAAAUUCCUGGCCUGAGUGCUUUUGCCAGAUGUCGGCGAUGAAUCCUGCAGAUAAAUGUCCACCAGGCAAUGUUUUGGAUAUCUUAGACAGCCAGUUGGCAACAGAAAGGAUUGAUGACUCAGAAUCGAUUGCGUCAAAUUUUACUUCUGAUGUAGAUAAGUAGGAUAUUGAUGGAAACAUAUAUGGGAUCCUCUACAGUUCCAAGAGCUGCAAUAUCUAGUUGCCAAACUCAACCAACAAGUAGUGGUUGCCAUCUAAUUCGGCUGUGCAGUUACUGGGAGAAAUAACAAACAAGCACUACCAGCAGUUUGUUUGGAAGUGGACCACAUUGACUCACAGAACAACAAUUUCACUGAAUGACAGGGACAACUUAUAAACGUACUUCGGUUCACUUGAAUUGACUGACAUAUUCAAAUACUGGAGUAUAAUGUGUGUAGAAAAUGUUGUCGAAUGAGCAUAACCGCUUCUUAGUAUUGAGCAAAAGUUUGGGUAAAGAAAGGGUUUUGAACCCCAAGUCUACCCUGAUUUCCAGCGUGUAUGGUCACAAGACUGGUUUUUGCUUUAGGGAGAGCUUUAAUCGUUAGUGAAGAAAUUGUUAUU